AUGGUCACUGAAUUAUCCUCUAAGCCCACAGGCUUCACUUUCCCAGGGCUCGCAUCCCCGGGUGAUCAAGUUGAAACUCAGCUAAACCAGCAGCUCUGGUCCCUCAUCCCCAACAAUGACGUGCAAAGGCUCAUUUCUCAUGUUAUCCAGACUUUGAAAAUAGACUGCUCGGACACCCACGUGCAGCUGGCCUGUGCCAACCUCAUCUCUAGAACAGGCCUCCUGAUGAAGCUUCUCAGCAAGCAGCAAGAAGUAAAUGUGUCCAAAGCGGAAUGGGAUAUGGACCAGUGGAAAGCUGACAACUCUAUCAGUGAGAGCACAGAAGCCCAGAGUGAGCAGAAAGAGCAGGAGUCAAGUGAGCUCACAAAAGAAGUUCCAGGUUAUGACUAUAACAACAAACUCAUCUUGGCAGUAUCUGUACCUGUAGUAGUGACGAUUUGUGUUAGAAUUCUCUGUCUCAUUGAGGUAAGGACAAUAAUUAAUUCAGAUUCAGAACCCAGAAACUGA